UUCGCGAGCUGCCCUGCGCCCAGGAACACGCAGGAGUCCAGCAGGAUGAAGAACCCGAUGCUGCAGGCGGUGUCCCUACUGCUGGAGAAGUUGCUCCUCAUCUACAACUUCAAGCUCUUCAGUGUGGGUGCCCCGGGUGAAGACAAGGCGAGGAGCAGUUUCCAUGACAUCAACUCGUUCCACCGCGGUGACGUCCUGGAGGUGCCCCGGACCCACCUGACCCACUAUGGCAUCUAUCUGGGCGACAACCGGGUCGCCCACAUGAUGCCCGACGUCCUGUUGGCCCUGACGGCCGAUAAGGGGCUCACGAAAAACGUGGUCUCCAACAAGCGUCUCAUCCUGGGCGUUAUUGGCAGGGUGGCUAGCAUCCGAGUGGACACAGUGGAUGACUUUGCCUAUGGAGGCAAAAUCUUGGUCAAUCACCUGGACAAGUCCCUCAAUAAGAAGCCGCUGCUCAACGAGGAGGUGGCUCAAAGGGCGGAGAAGAAGCUGGGCAUCACUACCUACAGCCUGCUGUGGAACAACUGCGAGCACUUCGUGACUUACUGCAGGUUUGACACGGCGGUCAGUCCCCAGGCAGACAAGUUCUGUGAGAUCUUGAAGAUAAUUAUUCGUGACGAGAGAAGCGUUCUUGCUUCGGCACUCUUGGGACUGGCAUCUGUAGUCUGCCUGGGCUUGGCGUCGUACACCGCUCUUCCCGCAAUUCUUAUUCCCUUCUGCCUAUGGAUGGCUGGCUAACCGCGCAUCCCGCGUCAGUGUGUGUGUUCUGUGGGUAAACAUGUUUGUGUUUAUAGAGCACAAACCAGCACAAGCAUCGUCGAGAAACAUGUGAACCGAAGCACUGUGUCCGGGAUAAAAAUGUGAUUAAGCAUCACACAAAGUGCUUACUGUGUAAGCCCAAGAACAAAGGCUUUCUCAAUCUUCCUCAGGCAGUUCUAUUUUAGAACACUGCACAGAUCUUGGAAAUCUGGAAACUUGUGAUAGAAAGCAUCAUUACAAGGAAACCGGCCUCUAAGAUGAUGGCCACAGGAGAUUAUUUGAGUUAUUUUUUUUCUCCUGUAAUCAUCGCUCUUCUCUGCUGGGCCUGAAUCUGAAGAUUGGAAGACUUAUUGAAUGAGAUGACCAACUAUACUGUAAAUUUACCCUGUUUCAUUGAAAACCUUAUAUUAAACUGAGAGAAUUUCCCUCGUUCAGAUGAAAACAUGUCUGAUGAUUGGUCAAGAAAAAAUUCUCAAUCUUUUUUUCAUGUAUUAUAAUUCCCAAUGAGUCAAGAAUAUUUUGUUACAUGAAGUUAAGGUUUACUGAUAAAAUAACUGACCAGAACUACAAAAUAUGUAUUUUCCUGCAGAAAUAGCUACUAUAACAUCAGUGAAACAAUUUGAUAUAACUUUACCUAAUAGGAAGCCUGACAUCCUUUUUUUUUUUCCAUUAUGUGUCACUGUGGCUACUUUAAAAACUUUGGAGAGGUAAAUGGAUAUAAGAUUGAAACAAUAUGGGUACUUGGAAUUUAUAUGUACCAAUUAUAUAUACAGAUAUCUACAUAUUGAUUAGAGACAAAUUAAGUUUGUUCUUGACUGCCUUCUUAUCAUACCAAUGUGGUUACUAUAGAGCAUUUGUAGAGGUCAGUGUUACAGCAAGUUUAGUCCGUUUCCUUAUGCCUUUGCCUGUGAUGUAACUUGUAUAUAUGACAUUGGAUGGUUUAUCUUUUAAAGCACUUAUUGUACUUAAUGUACUGCAUAAUAUUUAAAAGUCCUCAGAUUUGCUUUCUAAUCAGUUUUCUCCCAUUUAAUUGCCAAGUAAGGACCAAAGGAAAUAACUCUUAGAAAUAAUUUUUAAAAUGUCUCUGCACCUCUAGGCAUGUAAGCUGAUUAUACUGAGGCUGUUUGAAUAUUAGAGGUGAGCUGUAUGGUGUGAAAGCAAGCAUUCAAGUACUUUUCCAAAAUUACCAAAUUCUAAGAUUAAGCCACAAGCGAGACUUACCUGUCAAGUAUUAGAAUUACUUUGUAAACUAUCAAGGGUCACAAGAGAAGAAGUCACAUAAUGAGCGGCACAAGGGGAUGGGAUCAGUCCCCCAGGGAUCUGACAGAACAAGUUUAGGAGUAGAUUUUAGUAACUGAUAUUUUCUCUCCACUCAUUUACCCAGAACAAAUUCAUUUGUUUAAUUUUGUGUUUAAUCAUUUCAGUAUUUUAAAUAAUUAAAACAUGAAAUGGCAACACCACAGAAUAAAGUUGUUCUGUGGGCCUAUUCCAACCACUUAAAAUUAUUUGAAUUAUGUAUGCAUAAAAGCAACCACAACAAGAAAUCAAUUGUAUUGGUGUUUUUUUUCACUGACAUGUAUUAUCCUUGUAGCAAUUAUUUAAAUUUAUUUUUUAAAAAUAUGGUAUCCUCAUAAAUAAUUAACACCUUUUGCAGACUUUAGUAUUGCAGGUGGUAAAAACCACUUGUGAUAUUAAAUCUGUGUUCAAAGAUAAUCCCUCAUUAAAUGCCCAGGGAAGUACUUAAGAUUGGAAUGAACAUAAUUAGUCUUCACUCACUUCAUAUCCUUAAAACAAGAUUCAACUCAUCAUUUGUUUGAAUGCUCACUGUAUGCCAGGCACUGACCUGCUUUCAAGUUCAUGCUCUACAAUUAAUCAUUUUUAAUGACCCAUAUUGAAGUGUGUGCCGUGCUAUGGGAAGAAGACAUUAAAUUCUCAGAGAAAUCCCUGUGAAGGAGGCGAUGCUAGCAUUAAGGUGAGAAAUAGUUAGAGGUGGUCUUAUCACACUGAUGUGUUGUUUCACUACUUAGGGGAAGAGAGAACUGGAGGAAGGUUUUAUUUACUAAACAUUCCACAACACUAGAAUUUGUUGAACUUAGGAGAAAAGGAGAGUUUUUAGGGAAAAAAUGCCAAUAUCCCUGAAUGCGGUGGUUGUGGGAGAAAUCCUGAGCCAUGAAUGUGUCUUGAAAUGAAUUUCAAGACGGCACCGUCAGUUAAGAUUCAUACUUACGAUCCUGCAAGUCUCUCCCAUUUCUAAACUGCUAACCUGUGAAACAGUAAUCAAGUAGUUCCCAGUGCAGUUUUUUGUUCCUUAUUUUGUUCUUUGCCACACCCAGGUGCAGGCCAAAUAGGACUCCUGGGGCUAAGAUGAAAUAAUGCAAGAGUCAGGUGUUAGGGACCUUUUCAUCAAAGUUUAUGGCCGCAUGGAUGUAGAAGUAUUAAGACUUUACACAGUAGUAUUGAUGGAAAGCAUAGACAAAGUGGUUAGUUUUAACCGGUCAGGCCAAAAUUACAGGGACUGUGUAUUGAGAGUCAGAAAAAUGAGGGUUUUUUUCAGGGGACACAUUUGGGCAGAACAUUCUACACAAUGGGGACAGCAUGAACAAACGCAUGGAGACUCCGCACAACGUGUCUCUACUAUUAGUUGACGGAAAGCACGAAACCGGCAUGGGGCAUUUGGGCAAGCGGACGUGGUUCAGUGGGUAGAGCAGGGCAAGGGCAAUGGGAGACGUCGGGAAGGAAAGCCACGGUCAGGUGGCGCAAGUCUUAUGUAUACCAAGAAGUGUGGACCUUAUGAACAGGCAAUGGAGGUUUGGAGUUCAGAAAGGUAACUCCCAAAAGUACGAAGGAUGGGGUGUGAGGCAAGACAGGAGAAGGAGCUCUAUUAGGAAACUAGCUGUGGUCCUAAAUCUCUCAAAGGCCUGUCAUUGUGAGGGUGGAGAGCAGACAUGUCAAGGGAGUGUCAACAGACUUUAGCCAAACCCUCAUGUGAGUAACUCUUGUGGGGGCGUCAGGGAGGAGUCACGUGUCAUUUCCUGCCAGAAGGUUGGUUCCUGAAACAUAAAUUAACAUAGUGAUUGUGUGUAUAUUGAAUAUUCCAGACUUUUGUUCUGCUAGAUAUGUUUCUAGGGAUAAGCAAAUAUGAAAGCCUUUGUUGUUCGAAAUAUUAAUUUUUCACAAUAAGGACAGAUUUUUUUAUUUUUCCAUUUUCUGUUUCAUAUUACUACCAUCAGAUAGAAAAAAAUGUUUUGCUACAAUAUCAGAUUUAUGCCAAUGGCAGAACUCUUAUUAUAGACAAGAAGCGUAUAAGAAAUGAUAGUUGCCAAUCCUCUGUUUUGUAUGAUGUAUUUAGAAAGUUUUACUCAACAUAGAUCUGUCAGU